AUGACUGCCGCGGGCGUGAACGCCGUGCAGCGCGCCCUGACGCCACAAUGGGCGAAUUACUUGAUCUCCACCCUCGAUCUUGCCCCCAUUACGGGCGAAGAGGACAUCAACAUUCUUGGCCUCACUGUCAAGAUCGGCUACACCGUGGCGAACAUCAGCAUUCGCAACGUCACCUUCGACCAAGACACGCUGUCCAUUGUGCCGGGCAGCGGGCUGAACUUUAGCGUGGCCGACGGUGGCGCCAAGAUCGCAGCCAACUUUGCCUACGGCAUCCCCAACCCGCUCGUCAACCUCAACGGCACAGGCACCGCCAAAAUUGCUGUGAGCAAGCUCAGCGUGCAACUGCAGUUGGGCGCCACGGCCGAUCAGAAGGGCUACCCGGUGAUCUCUUGUCCGAGUGUCUCGGUCGUUUUGGGCAAGUUCGACACCUCGAUCUCCUCCGACUCUACGAUUCUCGAUGUCAUCGUGCGCUUCUUCCUGUAUCUCUUCAACGGCACCAUCAGGACGCAGAUCCAGGACACGAUCACCGCGACUGUUCGCGACAAGCUGAAUGGAGAGGUCAAUGAGCUGAUUCACAACCAGUCACUGCACAUUGGCCUCCCGCCCAACGGGAGCCAGGCCGUCAUCGACGUCUCCCUGCCCUCGUCUCCCGUCUUCGCGCCCGGCUAUUUCCUCAUUCCCGUGAAGGGCGAGGUGUUCCUUGCUUCGGGCCUGCACUCGAACUACACUCCGACUCCCAUACCCGCCCUGGCGACCAACCAAAUGCUGCAGCUUUCCGUGGGACAGUACCUCUUCGACACUGCCGGGUGGGCGUACUACAAGUCGGGCCUGUUGACCUACCUCAUCACCAACAGCGACCUGCCCGCAUGGCUGCCCUUCAAGAUGAACACGGCCACCUUCUCCUUCAUUCUGCCCAACCUCUACAAGCUCUACCCCAACUGGGACAUGAACAUUGACUUUCUCGUAUCGAAGCCCAUCACCUUCAACAUCGACACCUCGAGCAAGACUGAAGGAAUGGCGGUCAACAUGGUGGGCGAUAUGGCGGUGAACGUGAUCGCCCCGAACGGCAGCUGGGUAAACGUGUUCGAUCUCGAGACCACAUUCGAGCUCAAGUUCGAGCUCUACUUCGGCAACGGAUCCCAGGCUGUGCAUGGCAAGUUCUACAUCGCAUCUUUCACCACCGUCAUCAAGUCGUCGCAAAUCGGCACUUUCGAUGUGUCCGUGAUCAACUUCUUCUUGGAUGCGCUGUUCGACAACGUGCUCCUCUACCCUGUCAACGAGUACCUGAGACUUAACCCUCUCUUCACAUUCCCGACUCUUGCCGGUUUCCACUACGUGAACCCGACGCUGGUGUACAGCAAGGACUACGUCACCCUCUCCGCCGACUUCGCUGUCUCGCCGCAACUCGCCCGCUCUCUCUAG